CUCUCAGGAUGAGAGUCACAUGGCAAGGUCAAAAUACACUUGAGUAAAAAAUAAACGUCCAUAAUGCUGACAGCUUCUACGCUAAUGAGGUGAGACUGUUCUUUACUUGUUUUAUUUAGCUUUACAGCAUGUAGCUAUCUGAGCUAAUGAAGCUGUUUUCCUUCUCUGCCCAAUGUACUAGGUUUCUCAUUUAUUUUUAGGUGUAUUUUUGCAACUGAGACCUAAAUUAAGAGUAAAUUACCAUGAAAGUCUUCACCCCUGUGCUAGUCUUUCAAAAAAUGCCCUCUGGGAAAGGCAGAGACAAAUACAGCAUUCAGUGUUUGGAGUGUUUUGGUAAAAACCUCUAUAUAGGGACCAAAGAGGGAGUCGUUGAGUACCUCACUGUAAAUAACACGAGCGCUGAAGAAAGCCUUUCAGUGCGGGAGGUGGGGAAGAGACAGAUGGGCCGAAGCGGAGCAAUCGGCCAGCUGACAGCGGUCCCUGUUCUGAAUCAUCUCUUAGUUCUCUGGGACGGUUCGGUCACGGUGCUUAACAUGUUCUCCCUGGAACUCCUUCCUGCCCUGAAGAAAAUACAGAACGUGUCACUCUUCUAUGUCAGUGAGUCAGCGGUUCACACUGAUUCCGUCGAGCUCAUUGCAGCUUCGACCAAGAGGAAAACAGUGAGCGUUUAUAAGGUGUAUGUGGACAGAUGGGAGUGUGUGAGACAGGUGGCUCUGCCGCAGGAACCUGUGGUGCUGGCUGCGCAUGGGACGUGUCUGUGUGUGGCCACUUGUGACAGAUAUUUUCUCCAUGAUUAUCAGAGCCAAACCACCCUUGAUCUUUUCCCACAUAACCUGGGAAAGCAAAAUAUCAUUGCCAACAAAUGUGGAAAAGGAGAAUUCAUUCUGAAUGGGCCUGGAUGUUUGGGCAUGUUUGUGAUGAAGAAUGGCACUUCCCAGCAUCCUCCUGUACAGUGGCCUGAUGGAGUGGUGGACGCUGCAGUUCAUUUCCCAUAUGUGCUAGCGCUACAAAAUCAGACUAUUCAUAUCUACAGCAUUCUGGACCAGCAGCUGAAGCAAACUGUCCCUUUACAAAGUGCCAAAUCUCUCGUCUCAACAGAAGAAAGUGUUUUUGUUGUUGCUGACAAAGAGAUUCAUCGGCUGUCACCAGUUCCUUUGGAGGAUCAGAUUGAAGAGCUGGUUAAGAGUCAGAGAGUUGAUGAAGCCCUGAUGCUGCUGGACAGACUUCAAGAUCUCCUGCCAAAAGAUUCAUACAAGGAUCUACAUAAAAAUGUCAUCUGUACAUCUGGAAUGAUAAAGUUCUACAGAGAGGCUUUUGUGGAAGCAAAAGAGCUUUUGAUUAAAGGUGAACUAGACCCAAGGGAAAUCAUUAGCCUUUAUCCAGUUAUGCCUGUUAUGAGUGAAGACUUUACACCUCAGACUACAGCAGUCAGCAAUGCCAAGGACCUGUGGAUGUUAAGUCGAGACGAUUGGCCGACAUUUCAACAGUAUCUAAUCUUUUUGGAUGACUUCUUGAGAGAAGUAAGGCCAACGAGACAGGGCCAAAUGUGUCCUCAGGACAUCGACUCAGCACUUUUUAAGCUGUAUUUGGAACAAGGUGAAUAUGGAAAACUGGACCUGCUUGUGUCGUCGCAGAAUAACUGUAACCUCCAAAUGUGUGUGCCUGACUUGGAAAAGCACAAAAGGUUUUUCACACUUGGAUUGCUCUAUCAAAGUCAAGGCCAGCAUUUCAAUGCAAUUCAGACCUGGGUUAAAAUUGUGGAAGAGCAGAGCGAGGACCACUCACACAUCAGCGUAUUCCAGCAUAUAGUUAAUACUCUCUCAAAUCUGGAACAUAAACCCAUCAUCUGGAAAUUUGUAGACUGGGUUCUUCAGAGAGACCAAGAGGCUGGAAUACUGAUCUUUACAAGCAGCCAUGUUACAUUUGCACCAGAAGAAGUCCUUGCCAUUCUCACCAGCUACCCACUUGCUAUGACUCUCUACUUGGAAUAUUUAGUCAAUGAAUUACACAGCCAGGAAGAAAAGCAUCAUACCAUGCUCAUCAAAUCAUAUGUCAAAUGGAUAUUGCAGUCGAACAAGGAUGACUACAACAAUAAAACAAGCAAGGAUGAGAUGAGACAUAAACUACAGCAAUUACUUUGGCAAUCUUCUUUUUAUAAUGUGGACGCCAUAUAUGACCAAAUAACACCCUCGUUUCUUCAUGUGGAGAGAGCAAUUUUACUUGGGAAGUCUGGUAAACACAAAAAGGCCCUUCAGGUUUUGGUCCAUGAAGAAAAAGACCAGCAGGCUGCUGAAAGCUACUGUUGGAGGACCUCUGCUGGACGAGACAGGAAGUUCACACAGGGAAUGUUUCUCUCCCUGCUUCAAAUCUACCUCGAGUCCUGUCAACAUGUUAUCACGGCAGUGGAUCUGCUGAACAAAAACGCAGCGUCUUUUGAUUUAGUCAGUGUGUUGAGGGUGCUGCCGGAUUCCUGGUCUCUGAAACUGGUUCUGCAGUUCCUCUGUGAAUCACUGAGAGGAACCGUACAUGACAAAAGAAUGAGAGGUCUGGAGAUGAGCCUUGCCAAGGUGGAGACCCUAAGACACAAGCAUGUCUGGAUGGAAGCAACGCAUGAAAACAUCCGAGUUGACAGAGGAUGUGUUUGCCAUUCAUGCCAGAAACGUCUUACAGGGCCUGAGUUCCUGCGCAGGCCGACAGGAGAGCUGACACACAUAUCCUGUCACAGUGGAGAAAGCGGAUACUGAACAGCAAAGGCACUAUUAUUCACACCUAUUCACAUUAUCACUUUACAUUUAUACUCUCAGCAGAUGCUGUUUUACUAGGUUGCCUACAAUAAAGACAGUAAUUACUUGGACAGCAAGGCAAUUACUAGCACAAAUUGCUGAGAAAGUUGACACAUGCUAAGACACAAACAAAGCAAGCCACAAAUACGAGCAGGAAACCCACAACAACUGCACAUACUGUAUACUAUAAAACAGACCUGGGAUGAUACUGUACAAUUUACUGGACAAAUGACAAUGUGCAUAAGAAUAUUCUUAUGCACAUUAAAAAUAUAUAUUCGAAUUUUAUUAUUACAAUAAAAAUAUAUUAUAGUGCAAGAUAUAGACUCAGAAUUGAAAAAAUAAAAUAAAAUGAAUACCCAGAUCAGUUUAUUUCUCACUUAUUUAUUUUCUGUGUUUAUAUUUCACAAUUCUGAGUUUUUCCCCCUCAGAAUUACAAGAAACAAAGUCUGAAAUAUUUUGUAACAUUAUAAAUGUCUUUACUGUCACUUUUGAUCAAUUUAAUGCAUCCUUGGUGAAUAAAAGUAUUAAUAUCUUUCAAAUGAACUUUUUUUUUUUGCAUUAUUUUAAAGUAUUUUUCUAUUUUUGCAACUUUCUCUGAAAAUAACACACAUACAAUUCAAGUACAAGCCAAAGCCUAUGCCAAUAUAAAUAAUAAUAAACUAUUCUUUCAGUCAUGUUCAUUCAUGCUUCAUGUAGAUUCACUGAGGCUAUAUGUCUUCUGACUUGGCUGAAAUGACCUUUGCAUACUAUGGGUCUCGACAUGGGUUCCAGAGAACAAACUAUAUUAUAAACAAGUCGACAUCUCUUUUACACCCACUGGACUGGGUUGGCUCAGUGCUGUCUGCUUCUAGCCCAAGCAUGGUGAGGAACUGGCAGCCUGACAAACCCAGGCUGUAUACCACUUCAGGACAUAGUGCUCUCCAGACAAGCCACCUUAUGUGGACAAAUUCUCAGACCAGACUGUUUAGUUUGUGGACAUGAAAAAAUAAAUCACAAAACGCCUCAAAUAUGUUAUCCAAGUGAAUCAGAAUAUACCAAACAGACUGUGAUAUGUCAAAGUGAUUCACUGUUGCGUAAAGUCUUCUGCUUCCAUUCCUGUUAUAAAUAAAUCUUUUGCCACUCUUG